UCGGAGCACUGUCGUCCUUCAGGGCUCCAGCCUCUUGAUAUUUUUAUACUUCAGUAUCACUCGAUAAAGAAAAAGAGAGAGGGGAAGAGAGAGGGAGAGGAAAGAAGAGAGAGAGGGAGAGAGAGAGAGAAGGAGGGGGUGGGAAUUACACAAAAGAGAGAACCAAAAAUAAUUUUAAUUUCUAAGUUGAUUUGCUUGCUGAUCUGGGAUUUUAGUCAUCAUGGAGGGUAAAUGGACAAUCUGCCCAGGACUGCAGCCUGAUACCAUUUUUCAAAGCCAGAACUUACUCCAUUUUCUAUGCAAAUAUCAGAAAAGCGAAACACCCUCUCUCCCAAGUCAGAGAAGGGGAAGCGACGGCUCUCAGGUUGGGACAAUAUUAUCUGGAAGAUGAAGAAGAAACAGAACGCUUCCCCCCCUCCUUCCUCCUCACCCCUUUCAACCGGAGGAAAGAAAUCCCAAGGUCUACAAAGGCAAAAACCUCUCCCUGCGGUUACCGGUACAGGAGAAUUUUACUCAUGAGCUGAGCACAACUCGGAUAUUUCCCUGGGAAAUGAAAAUGCGUGCGCGUCCAGGGGAGCUCGGAUUCACAGCACAGAAUGUUACAAUUAUAAAUUCUGCCUGUGGGGUUUCUGUACAGUCCUUCUGCUGUGUCCUCAAGACUUGGUACACAUUUAUAUCCAUCUCUCUAUAUACACUCUUCCACCGUGGGGCUGGGAGACACACCCCAGACUGGCAGACGGCUGUGCCUGCUGGGUAUUUACAUAUUCCCCCUUGGAGACAGACAGACGGCGGUGGACCGAACCACAGACAGAUUCGUAGAGAUCUGGCUCCAGAGACCAGGCGGCCUCUGGCCGGGCCCGGCCCGUCUGCUCUUUCUCCCAAACAAACGGAUCAGACGAAUAAACGCUCAUAAAUACCUCUGGGCUUAGAUAAGAGCGAUGAGGCGCUAUUUCCUUUCAUGCCGGACUCCAGGCGCCCAGGCCCUGCCUCUGGGGCUCCAUCUCACGACAGGCAACCUGCAGAGGUGAGGUUAAUUUGGGGACGUGACUCUAAGGGACGAGGCGAUUGUUUUCAUGCUUCUCUAUCAGGGAUGUCUCCCUCUCUUACAGCAUCCUACUUACUCCCGACUCUACAGCAAAGCCCACACUGUCCAUUUCUAGGAAGGGGACGUUGUGACCAGGGAUGAGGCAGGACAGAUACGGCCCAAGGCCCAGCCUCGGCGGCAAGGACGAGAGAGGUGCAUACAGGCACUCUCCUGACCUUGCUCCCCUGGCCCAAAUGUUCCCAAUUCCUCUGUAGGAGUGGGCCCAAUCACAGCUAGAUUGGGACACCUACCAUUCUUCAUCAUUAGAAGACUUGAGUUUAUUUUCUCAAAUUUUGAUUACUACCCGCCCCCCCCCCCCCGCCUCCGAAUUGGGCUAGGAAGUGGUUGGUGAGACAUCCAGAGAUCACCAUGUGGCCAUGAAGGUAUAGCCUAGAAGUUGUCCUGAGUUCCGGGAUCCUUGUAGGCCACGGGGCGACCGACCAAUUUCCCACUUUGGGCCACCAAGCUCAGCGCUUUCCCUAGUAUCCCAACCACUUUCCUUGGAAUCCUGGGCCAUCUUUAGUGGGCAAGCCUGGCCCACGAAAAGGAGCCCAAAGCACAAGACGCCCCCCUUCCUCGUCAGAUAUUGUCACAUGUCCUGGCUCAUUCCUGAACCCAGGUCUGAACAUUAUCAACCUUUACUGCCUGGCUUCCAUGAGCCUAGUUAGAGUGUUGAAAACAUACUGUGACUCAGUCUUCCAGCCUGGCUUCAAGGCUCAUUUUCCCUAGAUGGGGGUGGGGGUGGGGGGGGGGAGAUGAACAGAGAUGAGCACUCUUUCUCACACCCAAGCCUGUGCAGCAGCAAAGCUGGUGAUACAAAUGUGAGCUGUGGGAGGGACUGGAGAGUCGCUGAGAGCCUGACCCAAGGGUGGUGAGCAUCUGGAGAGGGGAGUCAGGCUGAUAGUUGUAAGCUGCCUGCUGAGCCCCCCGCCCCGCAGCACCUGACACACCUCUCCCUCCUUACAAAACUGAGCCCAAACCAAGUCUUGGGAAAGAAAUCAUUUUAAAAAGAACUGCCAGCUUCUGGAGAGACCUGGAAAAGGAGUAGGGGCCCCUCUCUUCCCGGCUGUCUCUGCCGCAAAUAUUAGGCAGUUUUUGACGACCCAGAAUAGAGGACGAGCAAUGUCUUCCCUGUAACCCGAUGUGCUGCGAUAUCUUUGCUUCUUAAGAAUCUGUAGCCCAGGAUAUUCUAAUGAUGGGGGGCGGGUAGAGGGUGGGGGUGGAGUGAGGGUUGCAGGCAGGGUAGGGAUCAGAGGAAGCUAGGCAGGGGGAUGCCCCUUCCUCUUCCUCUUCCUAUCCCCCAAGUGAGAAGACUAGUCCCUUUUCCCCAGCGCCCCUUCUCAUGCCAAGAGCAAGCAGUACAUGCUGGAACCAGGCAGGAUGUCUGGGGCAGCCCCUGUAACCUUCCAAGAAGCUAGCUCCUAGCCUAGCCUGGCUUCACCCAGCCCCAGAGCCGGAGGGCUCACACCCUCCUCCCAUUUCCCAGCCUUCUGGGUCCUCUGGGCCGCAGGCUCUGGCCUGCCCUCCGGCCCAUAGGAAUUGUGAAGACGCGAGAAUAAUAAACCCAGGCUUGGAGGAGACAGACUAGACCUGGGAAGCAGGAAAAAACAGUUUCACCUGGGAAGGGGAGCGUUUCUUCUUCUUCUUCGCCUCUUUCUGAAAACGAUGCUAACUAGCCAACUCUUCUCCUUUCCUACCCACACAAAACCCUAGAAGCAAACCUUUUCCUUGAGUCCUCUCCUCCCCACACGGAGAUUCAUUCCGGGGACAUUUACCCACCCUUCCCUUGAGGGAACCGGGCUGAAGCAACGCAGGGGUUAACUUUUCUGAAAACACAAUUAACUUUUUCCUCUCCUGCGUGGGGAGGGGAGGGAUAUAUUUAUUUAAUCACUGGGGGAUGGCGUGGUCUCAAUCCACAUGCUCCCUCCUCCCUCAAAGGCACAGACGCCUCUCUCGCAGAUCCUACGUAGGUGGGGGACGCGUUGUGUUGUCGGGGAGAGAGAGAGAGAAAGGAGAAGGAGAAGAAGGAGGAAAAAAAAAAAAGGUUGAUAGGUUUGUGCGCGGGUCCCUCGCGCGGGCUGCGCUCCUCCUGGGUGCUAUUUGACAAUUCCUGCCUCUGCUAUUGGUCAGUGUUGGAUCAGAUGGUUGUAUUUCCUUCUGGCCCUCACUGGCACCUCGCCAUCCCCCCUCAGCUAAAACCCAAUCUCAGAUAUACUACUAAUAGGCGCGGCGCUCGGACUAUAAAACACAACAAAUCAUAAACCCGGCGGAGCAGCAGCGGCCGAGCGCGCCUCCCCUCCCAAUGAGUUCCUAUUUCGUGAACUCCACCUUCCCCGUCACUCUGGCCAGCGGGCAGGAGUCCUUCCUGGGCCAGCUACCGCUCUACUCGUCGGGCUAUGCGGACCCGCUGAGGCACUACCCCGCGCCCUACGGGCCCGGGCCCGGCCAGGACAAGGGCUUUGCCGCUUCCUCCUACUACCCGCCGGCUGGCGGCGGCUACGGCCGAGCGGCGCCCUGCGACUACGGGCCGGCGCCGGCCUUCUACCGCGAGAAGGAGUCGGCCUGCGCGCUCUCGGGCGCCGAAGAGCCGCCCCGGUUCCACCCCGAGCCGCGGAAGUCAGACUGUGCGCAGGACAAGAGCGUGUUCGGCGAGGCGGAGGAGCAGAAGUGCUCCACGCCGGUCUACCCGUGGAUGCAGCGGAUGAAUUCGUGCAACAGUUCCUCCUUUGGGCCCAGCGGCCGGCGCGGCCGCCAGACCUACACCCGCUACCAGACCCUGGAGCUGGAAAAGGAGUUUCACUACAACCGCUACCUGACGCGGCGGCGGCGCAUCGAGAUCGCGCACGCCCUGUGCCUGACCGAGCGGCAGAUCAAGAUCUGGUUCCAGAACCGGCGCAUGAAGUGGAAAAAGGAGAGCAAACUGCUCAGCGCGUCUCAGCUCAGUGCCGAGGAGGAGGAAGAAAAACCAGCCGAGUGAAGGCGUUGGAAAGGGAGGGGGGACGCGAAGGGAGCGGCCUGUGGGGAGCCGAGGGCCUCGGAGAGCCCCGAGAAGGCUCUGCGGGCGGGGGACCCGGGGGACCUGCCGUCUAGCGCACGGCACGUGCGGGGGCCCAGCGCCCUCGGGGACGCCCCCGCCCGCAGAGCUCUCACCGGGCGCUGGGAGGCCCUGCCGCCUGAGCGCACCCAGCACCCUGAGCGCCCCCUCCAUCCCUGCGGGACCCGCUUCGGCCCCGUCAGGCUCCCCUGUUGAGAACUGAGGACCGGACUCACUUGAUGUUUCCUGGAAGCAGAGCAAAAUGCUCUUGUCUGUGUCGCGUCUCAUUCCGUCCAUGUCCCCGGUGCACGGUUCAAUGGUAGAUUCGCAGUCCCCUCAGCGGGGGCCUCGAAGACUCCCUGACCCCAGACCUCUCUCCCACCCCCACCCUAAAGCCACUGGAAGGAGCACAUACUACCUAGAAGUAAGAAGAGGAGCCUCAGAAGAAAACAAAGUUCUAUUUUAUUAAUUUUCUAUGUGUUGUGUUUGUAGUCUUGUCUUAGCUCUGGACGUGAAAUACUUCGGUAAUAAUAUUAAUAUUAUUAAUGAUGAUGAUGAUGAUGAUAAUAAAGACGUUAAAACUC